AUGUCUGAACCUUCGACGACCCCAUUGGCACCACCACCACUCUUACCAGACCCACACCGUCAACACCACCAUGCACCACUCAUCCAAAGUGGCACCACCGCCGGACCCUCCUCCUCCUCCUCCUCCUUAGUUAGAGAAUACCGAAAGGGUAACUGGACCAUCCAAGAGACCCUCAUCCUCAUCACUGCAAAGAAACUAGACGAUGAGCGUAGGAUGAGAACCUCAUCAACCCCACAUGACCCCACCAACACCACCACCACCAGAACCAGUGGCGAGCUUAGAUGGAAGUGGGUUGAGAACUAUUGCUGGAACCAUGGUUGUUUGAGAAGCCAGAACCAAUGCAACGACAAAUGGGACAACUUGCUCCGUGAUUACAAAAAGGUUCGUGAUUAUGACUCCAAAUCACAACAAUCUAACAACAAAGAUUUCCCUUCUUAUUGGUCCCUCAACAAACAACAACGCAAAGAGCAAAACCUCCCUUCCAACAUGGUCUUUGAGGUUUAUCAAGCCAUAACCGAAGUGCUUCAGAGGAAACAAACUCAAAGACAACCUGCGCUUCCAUUAGUUACUUCUUCACCUCUUCAAACAGCACUACCUUUACCACCACCUCCUCCUCCACCGCCACCACUACCCCCACAACAGCAACAACAACCUCUUCCUCCGCCGCAAGCUCCGGUUAGUUCCACCACGCCGGCGGGUUCAGAGAGGUCGGAAUCAUCAGGCACGGAGCAUAGUGAGGAUGAUGAUGGGUCAGAAUCAAAACGUAGGAAAGUUAAGAAUCUUGGUUCGAGCAUAAUGCGUAGUGCAUCAGUGUUGGCACGAGCUCUUAGGAAUUGCGAGGAGAAGAAGGAGAAGCGGCACCGUGAAUUGAUCGAGCUGGAACAAAGGCGACUUCAGAUGGAGGAAGCUCGGAACGAGGUUCACCGGCAAGGCAUCGCCACCCUGGUCGCGGCCGUGACGAAUCUUUCCGGUGCCAUUCAGUCACUCAUUAAUCCUGAACGCCAUGGCCAGAGAUAA